GCCCGCAGUGUUCACUGCGUCCUCCGCUCCAGGACGGGCGGUGCUGAGCGCCGCACCCCGCUGCUGAGCCCCCCAGCCCAAGGAAGCGUCCCUCUCGCCGCAGCCGCAGCGUGCAUCGGCGAUGGCGAAGGCGACGGCCAGCGCCGUGGGGCUGCGGUUCCUGCUUCUGCUGCUGCCCCUGCUCGGCGAAGCCCCGCUGGGACUCUACUUCUCCAGGGACGCUUACUGGGAGAAGCUAUACGUGGACCAGCCAGCCGGCACGCCCCUGCUCUAUGUCCAUGCCCUGCAGGACGUGCCAGAGGAGAUGCCCAGCUUCCGCCUGGGCCAGCACCUCUACAGCGCCUACCACACGCGGCUGCACGAGAACAACUGGGUCCGCAUCCAGGAGGACACGGGGCUUCUCUACCUUAACCAGAGCCUGGACCACAGCUCCUGGGAGAAGCUCAACAUCCUCAACGGCGGCUUCCCGCUGCUUACCAUCUACCUGCGGGUCUUCCUGUCACCCACAUCCCUUCGUGAGGGCGAGUGCCAGUGGCCAGGCUGUGCCCGAGUGUACUUCUCCAUCAUCAACGCCUCCUUCCCGGCUUGCGGCGCCCUCAAGCCCCGGGAGCUCUGCUUCCCUGAGUCAGGCCUGUCCUUCCGCAUCCGGGAGAACAGGCCCCCUGGCACCUUCCACCAGUUCCGCCUGCUGCCCGUGCAGUUCCUCUGCCCCAACGUCAGCGUGGCCUACAGGCUCCUGGGAGGUGAGAGUCUGCCUUUCCGCUGCGAUCCGGACAGCCUGGAGGUGAGCACGCGCUGGGCCCUGGACCGUGAGCAGCGGGAGAAGUAUGAGCUGGUGGCCGCGUGCACGGUUCGCAUGGGCAUGCGCGAGGAGGAGGUGAUGGUGCCCUUCCCUGUGACCGUGUACGACGAGGACGACUCUGCGCCCACCUUCUUCGGGGGCGUCGACAGUGCCAGCGCGGUGGUGGAGUUCAAGCGGAAGGAGGGCACAGUGGUAGCCACGUUAUGUGUCUUCGAUGCAGACGUGGUGCCAGCCUCCGGGGAGCUCCUGAGACGGUACACGAACACGCUGCUCUCUGGGGAUGCCAAGGCCCUCCGGACCUUCCGAGUGGAGCACAUGCCCAAUGAGACCUUGGCCCAGGCCAACGGCAGCUUUGUGCGGGCAACCGUGCAUGACUACAGGCUGGUUCUCAACCGGAGCCUCCCCAUCUCGGAGAGCUGGGCUGUGCAGCUGGCCGUGCUGGUCAACGACUCAGACUUCCAGGGCCCGGGGGAGGGUGUCGUCCUCCUCCACUUCAAUGUGUCCGUGCUGCCCGUCAGCCUGCGCCUGCCCAGUGCCUACUCCUUCUCGGUGAGCCGGCGGGCCCACCGCUUUGCCCAGAUCGGGAAAGUCUGCGUGGAAAACUGCCAGGAGUUCGGUGGCAUCCAAGUGCAGUACAGGCUGCAGCCCUCCAGCGCCAACUGCAGCGCCCUGGGGAUGGUCACCUCGGCGGAGGACACCUCGGGGACCCUGUUCGUGAAUGACACGGAGGCCUUGCAGCGGCCCGAGUGUUCCCAGCUCCAGUACACAGUGGUGGCCGCCGAGAAGCCAACCCGCCAGCAAGCGCAGGCCCUGCUGCUCGUUACCGUGGAAGGGAAGUACAUGCCUGAAGAGCCUGGCUGCCCCCUGUCCUGCGCGGUCAGCAAGAGGCAGCCUGAAUGUGAGGAAUGCGGUGGCCUGGGCUCUCUGACGGGCAGGUGCGAGUGGAGACAGGGAGAUGGCAAAGGGAUAACCAGGAACUUCUCCACCUGCUCCCCCAGCAUCAGGACCUGCCCCGAUGGCCACUGUGACGCCGUGGAGAGCAGAGACCCCAACAUCUGCCCCCAGGACUGCCUCCGGGGCGGCAGCAUCAUUGGUGGGCACGAACCUGGGGAGCGCCGGGGGAUUAAAGCUGGCUUCGGUAUCUGCAACUGCUUCCCUGAGAAGAAGAAGUGCUUCUGCGAGCCGGAGGAUAGCCAAGACACCCUGCGUGAUGACCUCUGCUGCACAGUGAUCACGGCAGCUGUGGUCUUCUCCAUCGUAUCUGUGCUGCUGUCUGUGCUGCUGUCCACCUUCUGCAUCCACCGCUACCGCAAGAAUGCCCACAAGCCGCCCAUUGCCUCGGCUGAGAUGACCUUCCGUCGACCCGCCCAAGCUUUCCCGGUCAGCUACUCCUCAUCUGGUGCCUGCCGGCCCUCUCUGGACUCCAUGGAGAACCAGGUCUUA